GUGCACCACUCGGUAAAAGACUAAAAUCCCAAUCCAUCUCAGACUGAAUUUCUCUUCAGUCUUUCUAGAGAGAGUGGUAAGCAAGAAAAGAAGCAGUCUUCCCUUCCUUGUGUAGUGGUUUUGACUGGGAAAAGGGUUUUCUUGUAUUUCUUCUGAAUUUCUUCUAAAUCUGAAUUCCAUUACAAAUUCCCAAUUCUUGCAUUCUAUUGUCUUUUGUUUCAGAACUCUUGUCGCCUUGUUAAUCAUGGCCUCAAAUUGAUGUUUUCUUGAAAAUAAUUUCCACAUUCCUUUAUUCUAAUCCAAUUCCUUUAGUUUCCUCGAUUUUUCCCAAUUGUUUAAGUAUUUCUAACAAAUCCAUCAUUUACAUACAGCUCAUCCAAUCCUUUCACAUGAACGCCUUUUCAUAAAGUUAAAUAUUUCUCGAGAAUUUCAUUGCCUAUAAAUAUAAAUACGAAUAUUCUGUGUGUGCUUCCGCCUUUGAUUGAGCAAUGGGCUGCGCCACGUCGAAGCCGAAAGUCUGCCGGAGCUGCCAGCGCCCCUACUCUCCGGUGCGGCGGAGCUACUCGAUGCACGUGCACCACCCGCCGCAGAAGACAGGGGACAGCUACCAUCUCGUCGCCCUCACUUCCUCCACAUUGGGAUCCCUCAAGCUCGAUCCCCUCAUCCAAACCCUCGCCGCCGACAAAUCCACCGACGAUCGGAAUCAGAAACCGUCAAUUGAAGAUGCAGAGAUUGAGAAAGAGAAGGAGAAAGAGGUAAUUCCAUCGGUGAAGGAGGAAUUCGCGAUGGGGAUGAUUGAGGCGAAGACAUGGUCCCACAUGAUCGACUCCAAAAUCCCCAAAUUGCCCCCCAUGACUCCGGUCAUUACUCCGCCGGGUGAACCGGAGACGAUCGACGCUUGGGAGAUGAUGGAGGGCCUCGAGGACUCCAGCCCCCUCCGCCCCGCCCACUUCCGCAGCUUCUCCUUCCACGUCGGCUCCGGCGCCGACGAUCAGCCGACGCCGCGCGUCAAGGAAAUCAGCGGCGGGAGCAGCAGCAGCGACGGUGACACCGAAAUCAGCUCCAACGACACCUCAAUCGCCUCCGAAUUCGACACCGGCGUGAUCGCCACGCUGCGGAGGGCGCUGGAGGAUCUCCCGCCGGCGAAUCCGUUCCACCUCCGGCCAAUCGGAGAAGACGAAAAACAGAGCGAAAAGGAGAAGAAGGAAAAGGACAAAUUGAUCGUGUAUUUCACGAGCUUGCGCGGCGUGAGGAAGACGUACGAGGAUUGCUGCCACGUGAGAGUGAUGCUGAAGGGACUGGGGGCGAAGGUCGACGAGAGGGACGUGUCGAUGCACUCCGGCUUCAAGGAGGAGCUCAAGACGGCGCUGCUGGCGGCCGAGGCCGGCGGCAUUGGCCUCCCCAGCGUCUUCCUCAACGGAAAGCUCGUCGGCGGGGCCGACGAGAUUCGCCGCCUCAACGAGGAGGGGAUGCUGGGGAAGCUGGUGGAGAAUUGCGAGCCGGCCGAUGAAGGAGGGCUCGCGGCCGGGUGUGAGGCGUGCGGUGACGUCAGGUUCGUCCCGUGCGAGACGUGUUCGGGGAGUUGUAAAAUAUACUAUGAUGCGGAUUCCGAAAACAAAGACGAAGACGAAGAUGGAAAUGAUGGCAACGACAACGAUGACGGCGACGACGAUGACAAUGAGGAAUGCGGGUUCAAGAGAUGCCCCGAUUGCAACGAAAACGGGCUUAUACGAUGCCCGAUUUGUUGCGAUUGAAGAAAAAUCAAACCAUCUUGAUUUUUGGUUCAUAUACAAUUUUUGGGAGUUUAAUUUACAUUAAAGUGAAGAAAAUAUUGCAUUUCUUCAGUUGAUGCUGUUUGUUGUGUUCAAGCAUGAGUGUGAUACAUUUUCUACUUAAUUUACAUCAACAUAGAUGUUUGAUUGCUGUAAAUACUGUAGAUUAGUGUAUUGAUUCUUAAUACAUUACUAAUACUCUACUAGUAGUAUUUGUUUGUUUUCUUCAAAUUAAUGUUAAUCUGAGCAAUGUCUUCUCGUUC